AUGAAGGCACUCUUGGAAUUCCAGGACCAUCUCCAGAAGUCGAGGCGAAUAGUGGCAUUGGUGGGGGCAGGAUUGUCGGUGUCGUCAGGACUUCCCACCUACCGAGGCACUCAGGGCCUCUGGAAGAACUUCAACAUGAUUGACCUUGCCACGCCAGACGCAUUCUACAUCGAUCCAGGGUUGGUGUGGCAGUUCUACUCGUGGCGACGGUUCAAUGCCCUCAAGGCAAAACCCAAUAAGGGCCACCAGGCAGUGUCGCAAUUGGCCCAAAUCAAGGGAAACGACUACAUCACCAUCACCCAGAACGUUGACGGACUCCAGUCUCGUAGUGGCCACCCCAAGCAUAACUUGUAUGAAAUCCAUGGGUCGUUGUUCGAAUUGAAGUGCACCAGUUUCACCUGCAAUUACACCGACAGAGACAACUUCACCAAUCCGUUGACUCCCGCCUUGGCCGACACCGAGUACGAAUACGACAGCAAGCGCAAGAGGCGAGACUUGGAUACCGACCAGAGCAUAUCGCCCCAGUUCCGCCCUGUCAAGGAGCUCGCCGAGCUGGACCUUCCCAGCUGUCCAGCAUGCAACGAAUUACUUCGACCAGGCGUGGUAUGGUUUGGCGAGUCGUUGCUGUUGCUGGUGAUCGAUCAGAUUGACAACUUCAUAGAAGAGGACCAUGUCGACUUGGUGUUGGUGAUAGGCACCAGUGGCACCGUGUACCCUGCCAACAGCUAUGUGGAUAGAAUUAAGCUGAAGGGAGGCAAGGUGGCAGUGUUCAACACAGACAUCGACCAAGACGUUUUAGAGGGCAAAGUUUCCAACACGUGGGGGUUCAAAGGAGAUGCUGCUGAAACCUUACCGUUGGCCUUGAAGCCUUUGCUCGAGAAGAACCCAGCGAGCACCACCAUAUGA